CAUUGUUAUAGAACCUCAAGAAAGUUUAGAAUCAGAAUUUCAAAGAAGUAUAAGUGUAGAAUUUCAUGAUAGUGCGGAUGUAGAAUUUCACGAUAGUAGAAAUGUAGAAUUUCAUGAUAGUACAGAUGUAGAAUUUUAUGAUAAUGCGGAUGUAGAAUUUCACGAUAGUAUAGAUAUAGAAUUUCAUGAUAUUAUGGAUAUAGAAUUUCACGAUAGUAUCGGUAUAGAAUUUGACGAUAAUACGUAUGUAGAAUUUCAAGAUAUUAUGGAUGUAGAUCCUCAAGGAAGUAUGGAUCUAGAAUCUGAGUUAGAAAAGCUAGUUCAUAUUAAUAUUGGUGAUAUAUUUAUUUUGUAG